AUAGUUCAACACUCAAUUAAGACGGAGACCCCUUCUUCACUCUGUGUCUCUCUCUCUCUCUCCUUCUCUACGCGAUCUCUUUCACUGACUUUCAAUUGCGAAUAUUUUCACCACAAAUCACUAGAAAAUCUUUCUUCAUUUGUCGCAUUUUGGGUUUCUGUGCGUCUUUUGGGGCUCUCUGGUGGAGCUCCCAACGCUUCAGGAAAAUUUCUCUCUCAGAUUUGAGCUGAAAAUACAAAGUGGGUUCAGUUCAAAUUUGCUGAGUUUAUUAAUUGAAGUAUUUUGCAAUAAUUUUCAAUGACUGAUUCCUUUCUAUCACUCUAAAGUCAUUGCUUCUGGAAUUUGUGAAUCUCCUACCUUCAAAGGUUUAUGGCUGCAUCAUGGCUUUUAUAACUCCAUCUACUGAUGUGAAAUGAUAGAUUUUUUGAACUUUUAUUGGAAUCCUGUAAAUAAGCCUGCUUGCUGCAUCUCAUUAUAUAAAAUACAAAUAUGCCUUCAUGGUGGGGAAAAUCGUCAUCAAAAGAAACCAAGAAGAAAGCUAGUAAGGAAAGUUUUAUUGAUACAUUGCACCGAAAAUUUAAAAUUCCAUCUGAAGGUAAACUAAGCAAUGGAUCUGGAGGAUCUCGUAGACAUUGCAAUGACACAAUUUCAGAGAAGGGGGAUCGUUCUCCAUCUGAAUCAAGAUCGCCUUCACCUUCCAAAGUGGCAAGGUGUCAAAGUUUUGCUGAAAGGCCUCAUGCUCAGCCACUUCCACCUCCUGGUCUGCACCCUUCAAGUGUAGGCCGAGUAGAUUCUGAAAUUAGCAUAUCAUCAAAGUCAAGAUUGGAAAAAGGUUCCAAGCCAUCACUGCUUCUUCCACUUCCAACACCUGGAUGCAUACGUUAUAGGCCAAACCCUGCAGAUUUGGAUGGAGAUGUGAUCACUGCUUCUAUUUUUAGUGAUUGCUCUGCUGAUAGUGAUGAGCCGGCAGACUCACACAAUCGUAGUCCUCUGGCAACUGAGACUGAGACUGGGACUAGAACUGCAGCUGGCAGUCCUUCCAGCUUGAUGCUCAAGGAUCAAUCACCAGCUCUUUCCCAAUUGCAUUCAAGAGAAGUAAAAAAACCAGUAAAUAUUCUAAGUAAUCAUAUGUCUUCUACUUCACCAAAACGGAGGCCUUUACGCAACCAUGUUCCAAAUCUUCAGGUUCCUCCUCACGGUGCCUAUUAUAGUGCUCCUGAUAGUUCCUUGUCAAGUCCAUCAAGGAGUCCAUUGAGAGCAUUUGGCACAGAUCAGGUGUUGAACUCUGCUUUUUGGGCUGGAAAGCCAUAUUCAGAGGUGAAUUUAGUUGGAUCUGGGCAUUGCUCUAGUCCAGGUUCUGGGCAUAAUUCAAUGGGAGGGGAUAUGUCAGGACCAUUAUUAUGGCAACCAAGCAGGGGUAGCCCUGAGUAUUCUCCAGUACCUAGUCCCAGAAUGACCAGCCCUGGUCCAAGCUCUAGAAUUCAGAGUGGAGCAGUGACACCUAUUCAUCCUAAAGCUGGGGGAACACCCGCGGAGGCACCGACAGGAUGGGUUGAUGAUGGAAAACAGCAGAGUCAUCGUUUGCCCCUUCCUCCUUUGACAGUUACCAAUUCCUCGCUGUUCUCUCAUUCUAAUUCUGCAGCAACAUCUCCGUCUAUGCCAAGAAGUCCAGCUAGAGCAGAUAAUCCAAGCUCUGGCUCACGUUGGAAAAAAGGGAAGCUGCUUGGCAGAGGUACUUUUGGGCAUGUCUAUAUUGGCUUCAAUAGUGAAAGUGGUGAAAUGUGUGCAAUGAAGGAGGUUACUCUGUUUUCAGAUGAUCCCAAGUCUAUGGAAAGUGCUAAGCAAUUAAUGCAGGAAAUUCAUUUAUUGAGCCGUUUACGGCAUCCAAAUAUUGUGCAGUAUUAUGGUUCUGAACCAGUGGAUGACAAACUUUACAUAUAUCUUGAGUAUGUAUCUGGAGGCUCCAUACAUAAACUUCUUCAAGAAUAUGGGAAAUUUGGUGAACUAGCUAUUCGUAGUUAUACUCAACAAAUUUUGUCAGGGCUUGCUUAUUUACAUGCUAAAAAUACUCUCCAUAGGGAUAUCAAAGGAGCAAAUAUACUUGUUGAUCCAAAUAGUCGGGUCAAGUUGGCAGACUUUGGCAUGGCAAAACAUAUGACAGGUCAAUCUUGUCCAUUGUCGUUCAAGGGAAGCCCUUACUGGAUGGCUCCCGAGGUUAUAAAGAACUCUAAUGGAUGCUCCCUUGCUGUGGAUAUAUGGAGUCUUGGAUGCACAGUUUUGGAAAUGGCUACAACCAAGCCUCCUUGGUUUCAGUAUGAAGGGGUUGCUGCCAUGUUCAAGAUUGGUAAUAGCAAGGAACUCCCAACAAUUCCAGAUCAUCUCUCAAAUGAAGGAAAAGAUUUUGUUAGGAAAUGUCUUCAACGUAACCCACAUGAUCGCCCUUCAGCCAGUGAAUUAUUGGACCACCCUUUUGUAAAAUGUGCAGCACCUUUGGAAAGACCUAUUCUGGUUCCUGAAGCUUCAGACCCUGUUUCUGUGAUUACAUAUGGAACAAAAGCUCUGGGCAUUGGACAAGGAAAGAAUGCAUCUGCCUUGGAUUCAGAUAGACUCGCUGUUCAUUCUUCUAGAUUUUUGAAAAUCAAUCCACAUGAAAGUGAAAUCCAUAUUCCAAGGAAUAUAUCUUGCCCUGUGUCUCCCAUUGGAAGCCCACUUUUGAAGUCAAGAUCACCACAGCACAGGAGUGGGAAAAUGUCUCCUUCUCCUAUAUCUAGCCCGCGGACUGCUUCUGGUGCAUCCACACCUCUUGCUGGUGGCAGUGGUGCCAUUCCAUUUAGUAAUCACCUGAAACAGGCAAUUUACCUUCAAGAGGGUUUUGGAAGCAUGCUAAAGUCCUCAAACGGUGUCUACGUUAAUGGCCCUGCUCAUCAUGACUCAAAUGUUGACAUUUUUCGAGGAAUGCAACUGGGGUCUCACAUUUCAUCAGAACUGAUUUCCAGUGAAAAUGAUGUUCUGGUUAAGCAGUUUGCAAGGCCUCAUCUUGCAGAGCGAUAUGAUUUUCAAUCAGUCUUGGCUGAUCGUGUUGGCCGACAGCUGCUGGGGGAACAUGUUAAGAUUAACCCAUCCCUUGAUCCUAGUCCCAACUCAUCUUUGCUUAGCCGAGCAAAUGGUUUAUGACAUCAGGAAUUUUCCUGGACCACUUAUCUGAGCAGCUCUUGAAAUUUCUCAUAAUACCUUUGGUUAUGCUGAUCUAUUCAUUGUUCUAUUGGCAAGAAUAUAAUUAUCCAAUAAGGAGCCAAAGCACUAGAAAAUCAAUGUAAAUAAAUUUGCAUCGAAAAAUAGGCUAAUGGGGCACAGAAGUGCAUUUUGAAUGGCUUCAGGCUCAGGCUAGGGGGAUUUUUAUUAAUGAAAUGCCAAACAGUGACAAAGCAUUAAACUUUCUGUAGUCAAAUUUGUCCAUACCAAGUUAUCAACUCAAGCAAAUGCUCACUUGUUGGCCAAGAGGAACUUCUUGUAUGUAACAAACAUAUUUAAGAUGCAGCAUCAAGACAUGAGAGGUCAGGCACUUAGAAAUGACAGAUGCAUCUUAUGGAACACCAUAUAGAUGCCAAAGUAGAGAGUUAAAUUAAUACAAAACUUGUAGACUAUUUUUUGGGAUGUAGACAUUGCUGUACAGAAGAUGGGAAACUGUGUUGUUAUUCUGCAAUUAUUGAUGGGAGGACAAGGUUUUGUAGAGAGCCAGUGCAUGUCAUGUUUAAUUGUGGGCUUAGAUUUAUUACAGUCAUUGUGUAUACUCUAUCAACUAUUGGAUCUCUUCUGUACAUUAUUGUUAUUGUUAUCCAUUAAUCUGAUUAUGAUC